AUGUCGGAUCGGCAGCCGUCGGAGGAGCCGGAGGAGCAGGUGGACUUGGAGGGGGACGACGACGGCAUGGACGACGACGACGGCGGGUACCGCCGCCGCGGCAGCCGGGACGACUCGGAGGAGCCCGAGGAGGACGACGACAAUGACGAGCGCCACGGCGACGGCGACGGCCGCGGGGACGACGACGCCGGGAUGGAGCCGGAGCCGGCAGGAGGAGGCGGAAGCGGAAAAGGCGGGGACGAGACGGGCAAGGGGGCCGACGCCGCCGAGGGUAGCGGGCCCGAGGACGAGGAGGAGAGGAGCAAGUGGGACGAACUGCUCGCCCUGCCGCCCCAUGGCUCCCAGGUGAGGUUGACCAAAAAGGACGCCAACGAGAGCAAGGGGUUCGCCUUUGUCACCUUCAACGACAAGGACGCGGCGCAGCGUGCCAUCGAGGAUAUUCAAGACAGGGAGUACAAGGGGAGGACUUUGCGGUGCUCUGUGUCGCAGGCAAAGCACAGGCUGUUUAUUGGGAAUGUGCCCAAGGGGCUGAGCGAGGAGGAGCUGACCAACAUUAUCAAGGGGAAGGGGCCAGGUGUUGUCAACAUUGAGAUGUUUAAGGAUCAGCAUGACCCGAACCGUAACCGUGGCUUCCUCUUUGUUGAGUAUUAUAACCACGCCUGUGCAGAAUAUGCCAGGCAGAAGCUUUCAUCACGAAGCUUCAAGGUUGAUGGGAGCCAAUUGACUGUUAGUUGGGCUGAACCUAAGGGUUCAACAGAUCCUUCAUCUGCAGCUGCUCAGGUGAAGACUAUAUAUGUGAAGAACCUACCUGAGAAUGUUUCUAAAGAGAAGAUCAAGGAUCUGUUUGACAAACAUGGAGAGGUCACAAAAAUCGUUCUGCCUCCUGCCAAGGCUGGGCAUAAGAGGGAUUUUGGCUUUGUUCACUUUGCUGAGAGAUCAAGCGCCCUGAAGGCAGUUAAAGGAAGUGAAAAAUAUGAAAUUGAUGGUCAAGUCCUGGAAGUAUCCAUGGCCAAACCUUUGGCAGAUAAGAAACCUGAUCAUUCACACAGGUCUGGAGGAGGCCCUAAUUAUCCUCUUCCUCCCUAUGGUGGUGGCUACAUGGGAGAUCCGUAUGGUGCUUAUGGUGGCGGCGGUCCUGCAUACAACCAGCCAAUGAUUUAUGGCAGAGGACCAGCACCAGCAGGAAUGAGGAUGGUGCCAAUGGUGCUUCCCGAUGGUCGCCUUGGCUAUGUCCUGCAACAACCUGGUGGAAUGCCGCCUUCGCCCCCACCGCGGAGGGGUGGCGACCGAAGAGACAGUGGCAGAGGCGGCGAAGGGCACAGCCGGCGAUAUCGCCCUUACUAG